UAGCAAUUGUUUUGCUGCCCACAAACAGAGAACACAUCAGUCAAAAACCAAGAAUGUCAUCAUUCACCAUUGCUGUGUCAUCAUGUGCAUUAUUCAAACCGAAGAAUGGGGAUACAGAAGGAUACAGAGAUAAAGGAGUUGCUUAUCCAUUUGUCCAGGCUCUAAAAAAGGUGAACCAACGUUUGGAAGACCGGAGCCAAGCCCCUGAGAAUCGGUUUAAAAUUGUGUUGAUAACUACCAAUUGUCAGGACGUGGCUUGGCUAAAAGAAAGUAAGUACAUCUGUGCAGAUUUCAACACUGCCCAGAUCUGUGAGGUUACUAAAGAAAAAACUGUUCUUGAUCAUCUUAAAGACAUCAAGCCUAUUCUCUUCCUGUCCACGAACCAAGAGCAUGUGAAAGAGGCCAUUAAUGCAGGAUAUGGAGCAGCCACCAUGUUCCAGGGAGAUUACCUUGUGCCAAGUAAAGAAAUGUUACGUGUGGCCUUUGAUGGAGAUGGAGUCCUGUUUUCAGAUGAAUCAGAGAGAGUCUUCAAAGAGCAAGGUCUAGAAGGUUUCAUUCAAAAUGAGCACAACUUGGAGGACACAUUGCUGGGACUGGGCCCUCUAAGUGAUUUUGUUCAAGCAUUAGUACACCUCCAGUUACUCCAGCAAGAUUGUCCAAUCCGUACCUACCUCAUAACAUCACGUGACACCAACAGUCCUGGAAUCAGAGCCCUAAAGACUCUUCAGAAUAAGAAGUUAGAAAUCAAUGAGGCCGUCUUUCUCUGUGGUAGUCCAAAAGGGCCUGUGCUGAAGGCAAUCAAACCUCACAUCUUCUUUGAUGACCAGAUGCUACAUGUAAAGGGAGCCCUUGAAAAUGGGGUCAUUGGUGCUCAUGUACCAUUUGGUGUGAGAAAUGAGUAAGAAUAUUCUGGUUUGAAAAGAUCUGAUAUGGCCUGUCCUGUAAGUGAUCCAGCCACAUAUCCUCUUCUAUGAUUCUUAAUAGGGAAGCUCCAAUUUUGGUGAUAAUUUCUGCUCAUGUUUUUAAAGGGUUAAAAGAAGGAAUGAAUAAUGAAUCAAAAAGAAAAUUUUGAUUUUUAGGUAUUGUUGAUUAUAAUUAAAUGGUGAAAUUAAACAAAUUAAUAUAUUAUCAACCAAAUGUCUGAAAAUGUUUCUUUGUUCCAGUUUAACUGUUGUUAACCCUCUGGGGUCUGAGGGUGUUUUCAGCCCUGGAGAAGGUUUGACAUCCCUUGACAUUUGUGCUUUUUUCAGUUGCUUAAAAGCAUAUUAAUGGCUAAAGUCUGAUAACACUGUAUUCAGCACAAACUGGAUUACAAUAAUAUGUGAGCAACAUGUAUGUAAAGGAAAAUAACAUUUAUGCAUGGUUUUUGAAAAAAAAAUUGUUUUAAGUCAUUGAAAGAAGGCCAUAUAACACAUAAUAAAUAUUUGUCCACAAGCUUUUUGAGAACUAGAUCUUGUAGCCUAGGGUUUUUGCUACAAAAUGACGUGAAAAUGACGUCAUCCUGAUCACUCAUUCAUACAAAACAAUGUAGUAAUUGAACUUUUGUAAUACAAUUUUAGUGUUGAAAGGUAAUAUGCGAGGAGGCAUGAACGAUCAUGAAUAUUAAGGUAAUUUACACCUGAAGAGACAAAAGACACCUCCCCUGGGCCUAUCAAUGAGGGAUAGAGAAUGAAUGUGAGGAGAAUUAAUGAUCAAAAUCAAGUUUAAAGUUAAAAGAAGUAAUCUGACUAUACAUUUUCUUUACAUAAAGACUUUACUUAAUUUUAGACCUACACUACCAUUAAAAGAAGUCUCUUCUGCUCACCAAGGCUGCAU